AUGCUUGGCCUUUAUGCCGGGCAGCAAAUCAAUCAAAAUGACGCUCUCUCUGCUCUUGGAAUGUUCCAAGGCCAAAUUAGCGAUCAGGCUGCCCGCCAAGCGGUCCAGCGAUUAAUCCCAGGAAACGACAUUUCCGUCAAACCAACUUCUAGCUCAUCUCGCUCACUCUCGCAAAGAGAAGAUACUUGCAAAUAUAUCCAAGCUCAGUUAGGCGACGGAUGUUACUUGCUUGCCCAACGCUGUGGGAUCUUACGGAGCGACCUCGAGUCGUACUACGGAGGCUCUAGCUUCUGCAACACCGUACAGGUCAAUCAAUACGUCUGCUGCUCGUCCGGCUCCCCUCCUGACUUCUCGCCAAAACCUACAGAUGGUAACUGCUACGUCUACACCGUUGAGACGGACGACACUUGCUCUAGUAUCGCCACAGCACAUCAAGAGGAAGUUUCCGCCAUCGAGAGCAACAACGGCCAAACAUGGGAUUGGGCCGGCUGUGCACCGCCGUUCCCUGCCAAUGUGCCCAACGCUGUCUGCGGCCCACAAGUAAACGAUACCACCCUAACGUCGGAUCCAUCGUCUUGGUCGGGUCUCAAUCCGUGUCCUCUCAAUGCCUGCUGCGACACCUUCGGGCAGUGCGGGAUUACCUCUGACUUUUGCACCGCGGCUCCUGCGGACACUGGCGCUCCGGGAACUGCUCAGCCUGGGAGCAAUGGGUGCAUAAGCAAUUGUGGCACAGACGUUAUCACUUCCGCCGCUCCGACCAGCUUCUGGAGGGUCGGCUACUAUGAGACAUUCAACUAUGAAAGGCCUUGUCUUCACAUGGCACCUAGUGAUAUCCCAGACUACUAUACACAUGUGCACUGGGCUUUUAGCGACAUCACGAGCAGCUACGAAGUGGAUGUUAGCGCGUAUCAGGAUAUCGUCAACCAGUUCUUGCUCACGGCUGGAUUUAGAAGAAUUCUUUCCUUUGGAGGGUGGGCGUUCUCAACCGAUCCGUCAACGACCCCUAUUUUCAGACAGGGACACAAUUUGGAUGGCGUGGACUUUGAUUGGGAAUAUCCCGGAGCACCUAACAUCCCCGGCAUUCCACCAGGCUCUCCGGAAGACGGUGCCAACUAUUUGGCGUUCCUCAAAUUGAUGCGAGCUGCGCUUCCCAGCGAUUAUACGAUCUCGAUCGCGGCUCUUGCUUCCUACUAUUACCUUAAGGCAUUCCCAAUUGCGGAGAUUAGUGACAUUGUCGACUACAUUAUUUACAUGACCUAUGACCUGCAUAGGCAGUGGGACUACGGAAACACGUUUACACAGUCCGGAUGCCCAGCUGGCAACUGCCUACGAUCUCAAAUGAACAUGACAGAGACCGAGCAAGCAUUUUCGAUGAUCACCAAGGCAGGUGUGCCAACCAACAAGCUUAUGAUGGGACAGCCUCUGUACGGCCGCAGCUUCCAAAUGUUAGAGGCCGGCUGCUACACCGCAAUGUGCACAUACACCGGUCCCUCAAGCGGAGCCACCUCUGGGCGAUGCACCCAGACUGGAGGAUAUAUUUCCAACUUUGAGAUACAGGAGAUCCUUGCCAACGACAGCAACGUCCAACAGUACUCAUCUAGUGUUGCGGGCGAUAUUCUGGUCUACGAUGACGAUCAGUGGAUCUCAUGGAUGAAGCAGUCAACGUACGACUCUCGCAGCGACUACGCAAAGGGAUUGAACUUUGGCGGCACGUCUGACUGGGCUAUGGAUCUGAGCGCCAAUUAUUCAGGGAGUGGAGGUGGCAACAGUAGCGAUGGCGGUGAAGGUUCUGGAGUGGUUUACAUUGACCCUUCGAUAUAUUCCCAGUCUGCGCCGACCAUCGCUUGA